AUGUCAGGACCUGCAUUUGAGCCUACUCAGCGUCCGUCUUCGGCCAGCACUUUGAUCGAUCCACGCGGAGAUCACUUGACCGCGGAGGAGUGCGAUGCGGUUUUGGGCCUUCUGAAGCUCUCGGGCUGUAGCCCUGGGCAGAUGAGAGCGGCAGAAAUUGAACUUGGCCAGCAGUAUGGCUACCCCUUAGUGUCCCAAGGAGCCACUCCACCUGCACCCACUGUCAAUCCUGGAAUGUCUCCCGUGAUGGGUACUCCUGAGGGUUCUGAAAGCUCCUCAGACUCUACUCUGGAAGACGUAAACCCCCUCUUUGCAGAGGAACGUUUCUGCAGAACCCCGCCAAACUCUCCCGGGACCGCUUCAGCAGCAAGUAUUAAUCUGGGGAUGCGCAACAUGGCCAUCCAUCCUCUGGAGAACACCCCUCCGGAUAGUGAUUCCUCUGGGAAUAUGAUGAAAUAUCCUCCCUCUUAUUCUCCUGGAAAUGGCGGGAGCAGUUCCCCUCUGGAUGGGCCGACUAACGACGUGAGAAUGACGGAUUCUUCUCCGAAGAUUUCAACGUCCUCUCCUAAGUCUCAGAAUAAGGUCACCAUACGUAAAUCGGUUGGGAUGGUUGCAGCACAGCCAGUCCUGCAACCAACCAGACGGUCCACAAGACAACGGAAGGAGAGUCGACGGUUGAUCGAAGCUAGAGAGUCUGAGAAGCUCGGAGCUUGCUAG